AUGGUGCCGCCCUCGCCGGGGUUGGUGGAACUUCUUCGGGGGUGCGUGGGGCCUGAGGGCGGGGCCGCGGGAGGCCCCGAAAGGAAUCGCGAUGAGUGGCUGGCCUUAAUAAACCGCGUGGGAUCGAGGGGAAACGACGCGCCGGGGGAUUUCCCUGAGAGUUGGAAGGCCGCGUCGUUCGGAAAGACCCCAGCGGAGGGGAAGAUCGCGCCGUCGAGCGCGGACGAGAGGGAUUUUCUCGCGGAGGUGGAGGCGUUGAUGACGGCGGCGCCGUCCCUGCUGUGGGGCUCCGCGCACGCCCGGCAGGCGACGGAAACCUACAUCACUCGUCUUGUCCGGCGCUUCUGUUUUUGGCGGGAGAUGUUGAAGGAUUACUUUGGGAUUAUUUUUACAGACGACGGGGAAUAUUUGAUGGGGCUGCCUUACGGCCUCAACACGUCCUGGGCGCCCUAUUUGCGAGCCGUGCCGCUGUUUCUUUGGCUGCUGGCGGAUGCUGUUCCCUACCCCUCCCCGCGCCUCGGCGAGGACGGGAGUCCCGAGCUCCCGCGCGAUGCGAACCAUCUUCAAUAUCAAGAGCGUGAGGUGGAGGCGGAGAUUCGCUGCUUCACCUCGAUUGCGCGCUAUAUUGCGGAUAUUCUCUAUGGUUUAAUGCCGCCCACGGACGAGGCCCAGGCUGGCGACGUCUCUUCUGCCGGCCUUGAGGGUCUUGAGGCGGCCCGUGCGCGCGGCGGUGGCUUCCCAGCGAACCUUUCCCACCCCCCUUCUCCGACCUCGAUGGGUGAUGGGGUCAAGAAUUCCCCGGAAGGGGCCCCGACCUCUCUGAAUAAAUUAAGCGAUCACAUCCGUUUUGGGUUGUUCCCGUCCAUGCGGAACAAAAAAUUGUUUAUCCCACCUGCCGAUCUUCUGAUCAAAGGGGAUAUCCAGUCAGUGGUAACGGUGGAGACCUUAUAUAAGGUGUUUGAGCGGUGCUAA